UGCGGCUUUCGAUGAAAGUGUUCGUCACGCGAUUUGGAGAAUUGGCGUGAUUCUCAAGCGAAAUUUAGGAAAUUGAAAAUACCCCCACAGAUUCUGAUUUGACUUUUGCGAACCCUCUCUCUCUCUCUCUCUCUCCAUUUGUAAUUUUAAUUUUCUCGUCUCUCAAUAUUUAUCCAAAUUCACAGAACGUAAUGAAAUUGAAGACGAUUCAUUAUCAUCCUCCAUCUGGUUAAGAAGCUCGAGCCUCCAUUUUCCCCCCACUACGCCUUUGCUUGCUUCGAUCGAAUCUGGGCCGUACGUUGGCUGGAGUCCAGUCUCUGCGACUGUCCUACUGCUAUAAAGACUCGAAACAUCUCCGACCAAGAAUUUCCGAUUGACCCCACCAGGAGGAAGAACAAGAACUUGAACAAGAAACUUUGUUGUGGUGUGGGAACGUUGAUUUCUUGAGGAAAAGAGAGGGAGAGAGCUAUGUCGGGAGGUAUUGCACGCGGUCGUCUGGCUGAGGAGCGGAAGUCGUGGCGGAAGAACCAUCCGCAUGGUUUCGUUGCGAAACCGGAGACUCUGCCUGAUGGAACGGUGAAUUUGAUGAUUUGGCAUUGCAUUAUUCCGGGCAAGGCUGGGACAGAUUGGGAGGGUGGUUUCUUCCCCCUUACACUCAACUUCAGUGAAGACUACCCAAGUAAGCCACCCAAGUGUAGAUUCCCUCAGGGUUUCUUCCACCCUAAUGUGUACCCAUCAGGAACGGUCUGCCUGUCAAUUCUCAACGAAGAUAGCGGGUGGAGACCAGCCAUAACGGUUAAACAAAUUCUUGUUGGAAUCCAGGAUUUGCUGGAUCAACCAAAUCCUGCUGAUCCUGCCCAGACAGAAGGGUAUCAUCUCUUCAUCCAGGAUGCCGUUGAGUACAAGAAGAGGGUGUGCCAACAAGCGAAGCAGUAUCCACCUCUGGUGUAAGCUGAAUUCUGGGUUUUCCUUGGACUACUACUUCUUGAUACUAUGAUAUUAGCUGCCAGUUGCCACUGAUUGAAUCAACAUUUAAAAACUGACUCGUUUUAUAGAUGGUUGGUAUGUGGUGCACAUUUCAAUUGUCAUUAUAAUCUCUAAAACUUUAGUGUUUCCCAGAUACGGCCAACAUAAUGUCGAUAUUUAUAUCGGUAAACAUGUCAAGGGCCUGAUGUCGCAUUGUGUUCAUAUUAUGUACUUGAAUUGUGGUUUCCUGCUCUAAAAUGUGUAUGAAAGAAGGGGUUCUUAACUUGUUCACUUC